AUUGGGGUAUUAGACAUUUAUGGCUUUGAGUGUUUUAAAUAUAACAGCAUGUUUUCAAGAUGGAACAAGAGGAAUACAAAACAGAAGAAAUCAAUUGGAGCUACAUUGAAUUUAUUGAUAACCAGGACAUACUGGAUCUCAUAGAAAAGAAACCAAUUGGCAUUGUUUCACUUUUGGAUGAAGCAUGCAUGCUUGGGAAAUCAACACAUGAUACCUUUGCAACGAAGCUAUUUCAAAAUUUCAAAGCUCAUCCACGACUGGAAAAACCAAAGCUCUCAAAGACAGAUUUUGCCCUCUUUCAUUUUGCUGGAAAGGUGAUAUACCAAACCGAGUUGUUUUUAGAGAAGAACCGAGAUUAUGUAAAUUUGGAGCAUCAAAAUCUUCUUUGUUCUUCCAAAUGUUCAUUUCUUUCUGGGCUCUUUGCUUCGCAACAAGAUGAUCCAUCAAAAUCAUCUUAUAAAUUUUCUUCCGUAGCUUCCCGGUUUAAGCAACAACUCCAAGCACUUAUGGAAACACUCAGCUCAACAGAACCUCACUAUAUUCGUUGUGUAAAACCAAAUUCUCUGAACUAUCCUCAGAAAUUCGAGAAUGGAAGUGUGCUACAGCAACUGCGUAGUGGGGGUGUCCUUGAGGCUAUUAGAAUAAGUCUUGCUGGUUAUCCGACAAGGAGGACAUACACUGAAUUCAUCGACCGUUUUGGACUUCUUCUUCCGGAUCAUAUGGAUGAAAGGUUUGAUGAGAAAUUGCUGACGGAGAAAAUACUAAGUCAAUUACAUCUCGAGAACUUUCAACUUGGCAGAACAAAAGUUUUUCUCCGGGCUGGCCAGAUCGCUGUUCUUGACUCCAAACGUACAGAGAUUCUGGAAAAGGCUGCCAGGAUAGUUCAGGGUCGCUUUCGAACCUUUGUUGCUCGCAAGGAGUUUCUUUCUGCCAGGAAAGCUUCUGUUUAUCUCCAAGCAUAUUGCCGAGGGUGUUUGGCACGAGCUGUGCUUGAUGCCAGGAGACAGAUAGCAGCAGCUGUUUCAGUAGAAAAAUAUGCUCGCAGAUGGUUCUGUCGCUGUGAAUAUUUGCAUCUCCGUUCUUCAGCUCUUGUUAUCCAGUCUGGUGUUCGCUAUAUCCUAGCAAUCCAGAAAUUGCUGCACUUGAAGAAGGACAAAGCUUGUACCGUUAUACAGGCCUGGUGGAGAAUGCGGAAGCUCCAUAAUUUCCAUCAGCAAUACCGACAUGCAACAGUUCUGAUGCAGUGUUGCUGGAGACAGAAGCUUGCUAAAAGGGCACUGCGAAACCUGAAAAGUGCUGCAUAUGAGACUGGAGCUUUGCGUGAAGCAAAAGGGAAACUUGAGAGGAGCUUGGAAGAUCUUACUUUGAGAUUCACCCUAGAGAGGAGGCAAAGGCUAGCUGCAGAAGAGUCCAAGGCGUUAGAAAUCUCUAAGCUUCUCAAAAUCAUGGAAUCAUUAAAAUGUGAGUUGGAGGAAGCCCGUAAAGAAAAAAAUAAUGGUUGCAAGGAAGUUGCAUCAAUGCAACAGCAGCUAGAGCUAUCGGCCAAGGAUCAACAAGUUCUUCGCGACAAUCUUGCGCAGAUAGAAGAACUAAAGAUGGAAAAUUCUUCACUGAAGGCAAAGAAUGCAGAGAUGGAACAAGAGCUCUUGGAGGCCCAAAAAAGCAGCCAUGACAAUAUGGACAAGCUGCAUGGCGUGGAAAGAAAUUAUCUGUAUCUUCGGGACAACUUGAAAAACUUGGAGGAUAAGAUCACAAAUUUAGAAGAUGAGAACCAUUUAUUGAGGCAGAAGGCCUUAAGCUUAUCUCCUAGGCAUAGCCGCACCAUGAGCCAUCCUCUGGGGUCUUUCCCCUGCAGCCCAAAGUCAUUGUUUGAAUCUUCACCUCUAAAACUUGCUCCUCUCCCCCACAACCUGACAGAGAUAAGAAGAUCCAGAAUGAACUCAGAAAGACAUGAGGAGUACCAUGAGCUGCUACAGAGGUGCAUCAGAGAUGACAUGGGAUUCAAGAAGGGCAGACCAGUUGCUGCAUGUGUCAUUUACAAAUGUCUCCUCCACUGGGGAGUAUUCGAGGCUGAAAGGACGACUAUUUUCGACUUCAUCAUUCAGAACAUCAACACAGUUCUGAAGACAGAAAAUGAGAAUGAUAUUCUGCCCUACUGGCUAGCCAAUGCAUCUGCCCUUCUAUGUCUGCUGCAAAGAAACUUACGGUCGAAAGGAUUCAUCACAGCGCCUUCUAGGUCUUCGUCAGAUCCUCACCUGUGUGAAAAGGCAAAUGAUACCUUCAGAUCACCUUUGAAAAUUUUUGGACAACGGAGUAGCAUGUCACAUGUAGAUGCUCGAUACCCAGCUAUGUUGUUUAAGCAACAAUUAACUGCUUCCUUGGAGAAGAUAUUUGGCUUAAUCCGUGACAACCUGAAGAAGGAGAUUUCACCUCUUUUAAGCCUUUGCAUUCAGGCACCAAAACUUGCUCGAGGAGGUGGUGGAAGGAGGUCCAGAUCGCCUGAUGUGACCUUGCAGCAGCCAAUAAGUGCUCACUGGGAUCGAAUUGUAAAAUUUCUGGAUUCACUGAUGGACAGGCUACAUAAAAAUUUUGUGCCCUCUUUUUUCAUUCGCAAGCUAGUAACUCAAGUUUUCUCCUUCAUAAAUGUACAAUUGUUCAAUAGCUUGCUCCUACGACGGGAGUGUUGCACAUUUUCAAAUGGAGAAUAUGUAAAAACUGGGCUCUGUGUACUGGAGAAAUGGAUUCUGGAUGCUACAGAAGAGCAUGCAGGUGCAGCUUGGGAUGAGCUAAAGUACAUCAGACAGGCGGUUGAAUUUCUGAUUAUUCCACAGAAAAGCAAAAGGACUCUCGAGCAGAUCAAGAAAAACAUUUGCCCGGCGCUAAGUGUGAGGCAGAUCUACCGUCUCUGCACCAUGUACUGGGACGACAAAUACGGCACACACAGCGUAUCAGCUGAGGUCGUUGCCAAAAUGAGGGACAUGGUGAGCAGCGACGCGCAGAAUCCAGUGUCAAAUUCAUUUCUUUUGGACGACGAUUUGAGCAUUCCUUUCACGACAGAGGAGAUAGCUGAGGAAGUGCCGGACAUUGAUAUGUCAAACAUCGAGAUGCCCUCGUCGCUUCGCCAUGUGCACUCUGCGCAGUUCUUGAUGCAGCACCUCCCGACACCCUACUAGCUCGCUCGCUUGGAUGAAUUUUUGCCUAGCUAGGAUUAGGCGAUUAGGAUGAUCUGAUUGCUUGUUUAGAGGAAUAUUAAUUGUGUCAGUAACCACCAUGUAGCUUCCCCAUUCGUUUCUAUGCUGUCACUUUCGUUUGUUAUAUGCUCACAGCUUCGCAUGUCACUGAUGCCAAACAAGUCCUGAACUAACUAUUUCCAUUUUUCAGUUACCUCUUAAGGUCGUUCGUUCAUUUGUUGCAAUGCCAAGCA